AUGUAUCCAUUAAAUGAAGCUAAUUUAGAAAAAAUGUCUAAUGAAGAAUUAGUCAUAAAGAUAAUAGAACUUCAAAAUUCUUUAAUACAAAUUUCUGAUGAUAUGGAAUAUUUUAAAAAUAAAAAUAAGAAAUUAGAUGAGGAGAAUGAUAAUCUGCAGAAACAUAUAAAAAAUGUGGUAAAUAAAGUUAAAAGUGGAUCUACUUACAUAUAUGAUAAAAAUAAUCAAAAUUAUCAAAAUAAUCAAAAUCCUUCUAAAAUUUCAGAUAAUGCUUAUAUUGAGAAAAAUGAAAAUAUAAACUAUAAAAGAUAUAAUGAAGAAAACAUAAAAAGUAAUGAUGAUAAUGUAAAUAAAAAUAUUAAGAGUGAUAAUAAAAUUAUAAUUGAUACUAAAAUUAUAAAUAACAAUAAAUUAAUAAAUGAUGAUAAAAUUACAAAUGUUAAUAAAAUUGUAAAUAAUGAUAAAAUUACAAAUGACAAUAAAACUAUAAAUGAUAAAGAUACUUUAAAUGAAGAUAAAAAUAUAAAUGUAGGAAUUGAUUUAAAUGAUAAUAAAAUAACGAAUGAUAAAGAUACUUUAUGUGAAAGAAUAAAUGAGAAUGUAGAUAUCGAUUUAAAUGAUAAACAUAUAAUAUGUGAAAACAUAAAUAAAAACAUAGAAAAAAAUAUAGAUGAAAAUAAAACUCAUCUCAAUAGUAAAAAUGAAAGUAGAAAUGGAAAAACAUUAAAAGAUCUUUCAUCAAAAGGUAAUAUUUAUAAUAUAUUAAUGGAGACAGAAAAAUUGAAUUCUAUUUUUAAUAUAGCGUCUAAUGUUCUUAGUACUUCUUUCUUUAACUUAUCAAAAGAAUAUAAUGAAAAGAAAGGAAUUAAUAAAAAUAACAUAAAGAAUGAUUAUAAUGCUUCUAGCAAUUUAAAUAAAAAUCAUGAAAUAAAUAACACAAAUAAAUCCAUAAACAACAUAGAAAAUAUAAAUUAUUUGAAGAAAGAUAUUAUAAAUUCAAAUAACAAAAUUAAUAACUAUAACAUGAAUAUUAGCAUUACAAAUAACACCAUAAAUAAAGAUAAUACUUUUCAAAAAGAAAAAGAAAAAGAAAAUGAAAGAGACACUCAUUAUAAUGAAAAAAAUUCAGAUUUAGAAAAUAAUGAAGCAAAUUUAAACAAUAAAAAUGAAUAUAGUAAUGAGCAGAUAAAUAAAAAAAAAGAAAAUAAUAAAAUAUAUAAUAAUCACGAAAAAAAAAAUAGAAUAAAAAUUGAAGAUACCCAUAAUUCACAUUGUAAAAUUAUAAAAACAAAAGAUAAUUAUGAUGCUAAAAAUAGUAAAAAUAAUGAUGUUAAUGAUAAAAAUGAAAAUGAAUAUGACAUAUUAGAUGACUCUUAUAAUGAAAACCAAACUAUAUUUGAAACUACUAAAGUUGUUAAUAAAAACUCCAUAAAUAUAUAUGAGAAUAAAAAUACGAUAAUAAAGUUUAUGGACAAUAAAAAUAAUAAUACAGAUGAAAGUAAUAAUGAAAAAGUUAAAAAUGAAGAUAUUAAUGUUUGUAAAGAGUUUGUUCAAUAA